UUUAUUUAAUAACAUCCUCGACCAGAUGAAGGUGCAAUUUCCGGAAAAGGCGAAAUGUUAUCGGGAAACUGCAGUUGCUGCACAUGUACACAUCCUCGUCUACCUCAUCGUCAUCUUCUUUUGUCCACUUCGUGGAAACCCCUGGUCUCUUCUCCUUCUCUAUCAGCAGCGCAGGACCUCCAUAAGACAAAGAAGCAGCAGAAAACGAUUGGUAUCUCUGACGCCACGGGCGGUGUGCGGUCACUGUCAGUGUCAGGGUCAUGGUUGUCUCGCCUAACGCUUAUCCCCGGCGCUUCACUUUCAGAAGCUAGCGAUAAUUUGGGAGAAGUUGCCGGCGGCGGUGGCGGUGGCGGUGGCGAUUCUGGAAUCGCCGGUGGACCGAACCCCGUGGGGGCAAAAGGGUCGGGAACUACGGCCAGAGGACGGAGAUUGCUGAGGGUCCGCGAGGAAAAAAGGAAACGUGAAUUCGAUCGCCUUCACAAUUACCCUGCUUGGGCGAAGGUCCUAGAAGAUGCCUGCAAAAACGACACUGAACUUCGAGCUGUCCUUGGGGAUAGCAUUGGAAAUCCUCAGCUCAUGAGGAAAAGGGUCGAAGAACGAAUUCGGAAGAAGGGUCGAGAUUUUCACAAGUCCAAAACGGGCUCAAUUCUUGCCUUUAAAGUCAGCUUUAGAGACUUCAAUCCUAUUGAUUCGUACAUAUGGUUUGAAUUAUUGGGAUCACCUUCUGAUCGAGAUGUUGACUUUCUAGGUAGUGUUAUUCAAUCAUGGUACGUUAUGGGGAGGUUGGGUGCUUUCAAUUCUUCUAAUUUGCAGUUGGCAAAUUCUUCAAUGGAAUACAAUCCCCUGUAUGAUGCGGAGGGGGGUUUUAAAGUUAUGCCGUCGUCAUUCCACGAUAUCAGUGAUGUUGAGUUUCAGGAUAACUGGGGCAGGGUUUGGGUAGACCUUGGUACAUCUGAUUUUUUUGCUAUUGAUGUGCUGCUCAACUGCUUGACUGUGCUGAGCUCAGAACAUCUAGGCAUUCAACAGGUAGUUUUUGGGGGUCGUCGCAUGGGUGAUUGGGAAGAGGGGAUGACAAGGGCAGAGUAUGGAUACAAGUAUUUUAAGAUAUGAAUGGAAAUUCUAAGCAAAAAAGAAAAAUCUGAAUGGAAAUGGCUGUUGUGGAGAUUUUAACUACGUAUAUUUUUAGGCGGAGUCUGGAUUUGCAUGAAAUCACUAAUGUCGUCAUUGGGUAUCAUGAAAUGCGCUUUAAUCAGCGUCAUUGUUCUCUCUCCCUCCCUCUCUCUCUCUUUCUCUCUCUCUCUCAUGUAUGAUUAUGAAAUGAACUAGAAAUGUGAACGUACUGCGAGGUGUUAUACUCGUGGGGAUGCCAGCAACAGGCUGCUGUCAUUGCUUGGUUUGUCUGGUCACAAUAGAAAUUAUACAUCUUCUCAUGCUA